AUGGCUUUCCUGACGAAGAAGAAAAAAUUUAAGUUCCAAACCAGUUUUACCCUGGAAGAACUGACUGCUGUCCCCUUUGUGAACGGGGUUCUCUUCUGUAAAGUCAGGUUGCUCGAUGGAGGGGACUUUGUCAACUUGUCAUCUAGGUAAGUAAAAGGGACCAGGGGAUGUUGCAUUGUUAGGCAAUCUUUUUUAUGAAGCAAAGUUCUAAAACUGACGUAGUCACCAUGGAAACCAAUAGAAUGUUCCUCCUGUUUGCUACAGUUUUGGAAGUUUAUUUUAGAAUGUCUGUUUAUCUGUAACCCCCAAUGUUCGCUAGAAACUGCAUUUAGCUAUGUCUAUAUACUGUAGUCACUUGUUUGGGAAAUUUAAUAUGAAUUGUUCCAAAAAGGAACUUUGGUACAUCUGCUAAUUGGCUUAAAAUCUGCAUUAUAUGUAUGUACUUGCCCUUUGUUUAUCUCUAAUUGUUUAAAGUAACAGGGUAUCUUUUAAAAACACAACAACAAAAAGAGGAAGUUAAGUGUAACAUACAAGUCGUGCUAUGUGUAAUUCAUGCAGGUAAGGCUUUUGCUGACAGAGGAAUUGGCUGCAAUGCAUUGAUAACAUCUGGAUUUUUAGAACGUUAAAGCUUGCGCUGUUCACACACCCAGCAAUAUACGAUUCAGUGCCAAGCCCACUCAGCUCUGGUGUACACCCAAUAGUGAAACAGGUUAAAAAGAAAACAUGCAUUUGAAAAAAUACAUUGUGCAGGAAUGCUUUGGGCUUGGGAAGCCCAAAAUGUAGACCCCCGAAUGUUGUAGAACUACAGCUCCCAUGAUGCUUUGCAUGCCUUUAGAAUGACAAAGCAUUGUAGAAGCUAUAGUUUUCAAACCUCUGGGGAUCUACCUUUUGGGCGCUGAUUUUAUUUUAUUUUUAUUUUAUUUUUUUAGUGCUUACCUCACAUAUUAAAGUGGUGUUGUUUAUUAGACCAUACUCGGUAUACUUUGUAAACCAGGCGCAAGUAUAAUUACAUUUAUAAUGUUGUCUUUCAUGCCACUGAUUAACUCCUUCACUGUCAAGUUUUUGAAAACCAGUUUUACACCAAUACCAGUAAAGGCGAAUUUAAUUACUGUACUUAUCCACAUAACUUAAAGUCUCCAUAUUUAUGAACUUGCUUGAUAUAUAAGAACAUGGUUAGCAUAGCUGAGAUCAGUAUAUUUAACCCUUUCUUCUUUAGGAAAAGAGAUCUAAUGUGUUGAUACUAUUUCAUUGCAAUGCAUGCAAAUGCACAUGCUGGUAGCCAAAGAGUUAAGUUUAAUAGCAAAAAACUGGUUUGCCACUACUUUGGUAAACCUCCCAUGCGGUCACAAGAGUUGAACACUCCAAAAGGCUUGUGGGGCCCCUACCAGCAUAUAUUAUGUAUGUUGUAGAGCCAAUUGCUAUGCACUUUAAUCACUGAAGCUUGUUCCACUUUCCACUGGCGAAAUUCAUUGCAAUAGAAAGUCCUAACCUCACUGGAAUGUGAUAAGAGGGGAGGGAGCACAUAUCUCUCAACAAAAAAUCUCUCAAUAUUUUAUUGACCAUAUUAUUAUUUAUUAUUUUAUUUAUAUAGCACUAGCAAAAUUCUGUAGCGCUGUACAACGGCCAUAGAAGCCUAGAUUGUACAAGAGAAGCCUAGAUUGUACCAGUGUAUAAGAACCAAAUUGCCCCCUUCUAGUCGUUACUAUGGCUUAUUCACUAAACAGUGAAUUGUGUGUUGAAAACCUAUCUAGGUCAAAUGGUAAAGCUGGAAACCCAAUUUACAAUUAUUUAUGUAGUGUCAACAUGUUCACGGUUUUAAAUGCACCACAGAUCACUGUUUAGUGAAUGACACUCUCUCCUGUCCUUUCUGCCCUCUGUUAUCCAAGGUGUACCUAUUAAAGUGAUCGUCUUCUCUGGUAUGUUUUUGGUUUUUUUACUUCAUAGUAUCUUUUUGUAUAUGUUUUGAAGCAAUUUUCUCCAGAACUGGGCACAGCAUUCUAUGUGAGGUCUCACUCGAUACAAUGUAAAAAGAGAUUCAGGGUUAUUCCCUAAACUCCGGUUUGUAGUAAAUUGAAAUCCGAAUAGCUAAACCGAGGCUAUAACAGAGUUGAAGAACUUUUUUUGACCAGUUUUUUUUUUUUUUGUCCCAGUUUUGCCAUUCGGAUUUCAAUUUGUUACAAUAUGGAGUUUAGUGCAUAAUCUUGUCUGUGUGAUGCCAAGGCAGCUGGCAUGCGAGAAAGAAAGGAAUUUAACUACUUGUUUGGGUGUUUAAUUGUAAAUGUUGGGCAUUGUCUUUGUGGGAAGAAGGAUGCUGGUAUCCUCCUGUCCCAAACUGACACCCUCCAGCUGCUGUGUGACCAUGACGGCUGCAUUUCAGGGUGAACAUCCAGGUAAAACAAUGUACAUUUCCAUCCAGGUUUGUGUAUCUUUCCAUGACGUACAGUUACCUGGCGUUGAGAUGUGCAGUACACGUGCACGCAUGUGGGAGCUUUGCCUGUGUUUGUGCAGGUGAGGCUAGUACCUGCCGGUCCCAACCUGCCUUUAAACUCAAUUAAUUCCAUGCCUGGAGAAGGGUUGUACAGGAGAGAUAUGUCAGGGAAGAGGACUUUCAUUCCAGACACAUCGAAGGAUUCCUGACUUGCCCAUAGCAUUCUACUGUUUUCUAUGUAGUUUAGCAUAGAACAAAAAAACAACUUUUUUUUACAAGAUAUAGUCGGAAAACAGAGGAGGUUAUCACAUGAUUUUAUUUGUUUUUAUUUUCCUGUGUUUUAAUUGCAUGGUUGAAAGGUAAUAUACCUUAAAACACAGGUCAUUAUUAAAUUUUACAUUUAGCAGGCAGUUUGCUAACGAAUGUCUCGAUAAACAAUUUUAUUUCACCUUAAGCUUCCUAAUUCUAUAUCCAAGACUUACUAGUACCAUAACCACUAUAAUGGGUUGAAGUGGUUAUGGUACCUAGACUAUCUCUUUAAGGGAUCGUUGUACCUGAAGAGGUUUGUCAGUAUUUGCAUAUCACACUUUGCUCCUGCCACAUCCUCUCUUACUAAUUUCUUUUUUGUUUUAUGUAGUAUCACAUGCAUGUUCUCUUGGCGUAUGCUUUUGUUGGUUAUAUGGGAGAGCAACCUCUCAUUAUUGUUGUUUAUCACAUCAGCUGUUUAUUUAGCCUGACUUUAACCUCCAACAGGUUUUUCAGGUAGCAGUCACUCUAAAGGCAGGACUUAAAAUUUCAAGUCCCACACAACUAGCCAGGCAUUAAAAGUUACUCGCCACUGCAAACCUGGAGAGUCCAUGGCAUACCCACGAGGGGUAAAUUUAUACUCGCCAGGACUACAUUUUCAGUUGCCAAUGGCUAGUGAACAGUGAAAACUUUGAGCCCUGCUAAGGAUUGCGAUAACUCUUUAUUAUCAUUUAUGUAUAACUGCCCCAAUGCCUGCUACUAUACUCCGGAAUCCAGGAUAAAAAUUCUAAAAAAUCAUAUAGGCAGACUAGUUUAAACCCACACAUUUUAGGCCAGUAGAGCUGAAUUUGAACAAUUCUCAGACUAAGGUUUUUUUUUCUUAAUUAAUUUUUUUAUUUUAAUCCAGCCGUUUUUAUUUAUUUAAAAAUAUUUUACCAGGAAGGAUCCAUUGAGCUUUCUCUCGUUUUCACACAUCCUGCCUAUGGAAUAACCCCCCCCCAAUUUCUUUUUAUUUUCUUCCAAGUCAACCUUUUUAUGCGGUUUUUAAUUAUUUACCGCUGUUUAAGGACCUUAGCAUUACUAUUUUACAAGCAUCUGUAGUAGGUGUAAGCUCUAUUGAAUAGGGUGUUAACGCAUUUGUUUAUUUGCAAUGUUACCUGUAAGACACCUAUUAUUUUUUUUUUAUUUAUAUGGUGUGAGGAUAUGAUCAUUUUAUUCUCUUCCAUUAGUAUAAACAAAAUAGCUCAAUUAAAUGGAACUUGUCAUGCCCAAAAAUACUUUUGAUCUUUUUUUUUUUUUUUUAAAUAUCAUCAAAUUUCAUCACUACAUUGUGCUACCAGUUUUGCUAGCAAAUGAAUAGUUUGGGAAAAACACAUAUAAAAAAAAUGUUUUUCUCCCAGCUGUCAAUUAAUUCUUCAGCAUAGACUGUAUGCCAAAGUAUUGAUUGAGAGAGAAGAGACCUCCCACAGGAGGUCUUUACACUCUCCAUGCUUAGCAACCACAGCGCAUGCAUUGUGAUUGCUAUGCAAACUCACCAGCCAACUCUGCUAGCACUGGCUAGAGAGUAUAGGAACAGAGUUUGGGCGCAGGCAUGGGGAAAUGAAUCCGACAUGUUGGCUUCAUGUAGGAAGUUUGCCCUGCUUGGGGAAGUGUCCCUAAGCAGGAGAAAUCAAGAAGAGAGCAUGAGAAGCGAAGGUAGCACCCACCUCCGUAAAGACAAUGCAUCUGAACAGUUUCCAGUUUGGAAGAAACAUUGAUCUAUUCCGCAUAAAAUAAAGCUAUUUCUCUAUCUAGAAAUGUCCUACUUGUUGAAGCUUAACAAGUUUAUAUAAUUGAAUUGUGAAGAAUUCCCUUGUGAAGGGAAUUGCAAACUGAGUGAUUAGUAUGUAAGCAGGUACGGACAUGCCUCUCGCAUGUCAGAAUUAUAGGAAGUACUAGAACUGCGAGGAAACUCAUUUUAUAGUACUGAAAGUGGCUCUGUCACUGUCUGGGAUCUUUGCAUAGUUUGAAAAGACCCACAACGUUGACUGCUCCCCUGGCAGUGUGGUGGCUGAGGGGUGAGGGGGAAGGUGCACUAUAGUUACCUGAAACUGUCCUUCGCAUCUGCCACCAUUUUCUUUCUGCCCGUUCUCUUUAGCUCUUGGUGCUUCAGCUGCCAGGAGCCAACAUGUUGUACGCACAUGAACUAGAGAAUAACACUAAAACCUUGGAGGACCUCGCGAGACCACAGGAUGUUCCAUAGACAGAGCUGAGUGACAGCUGAGUGGUUGACAAAAGGUAGCUCUGCUUUUUUUUUUUGUUAAAGCUGGUCAAAUGUAGGAAAAAUACUUAGUAUCUCUUUUGACUAGGUUGGAAUUUCAGUGAAAUUCUAACACCUUCAAUGUCAGUAUUACCUAAAGAUUUAAUUGUUAUGAAAUUCUAAUUUCUAAGGGGAGGGGGGGGUCUGCUUGCAAAAAAAACCUGUAGGUGCAAAUAGCAGUGGAAAUAAGGCAGCCUAAACUUUAUCCUGGGAUUUGUCCACCCUGUAUUUGGGGAUCACUAGUUUUGAAUAAGCCUCUUAGAACCAGUGUGCUAAGCAGAUCUGAAUCAUAUUUGAGUUUGUCCUCAUCAUACAUCUGGCCCAAGUUUAAUCUUUCCCAUUGUGAGAUCUUUUGGAAAACUCCAACCAGAAUAAACAUCCUCUUUCUACCGCACGUUCACACUACAGCUGAAAUGAGCUGCUUUUAUAUGUGUAUUUUUAUGGAUUAACAUUUAUCUGAUGUUUGAACCUGAACACAACCAGCAUUUUAUCUUUUCAGGACUAAUAAUAUUAUAUUUUAGUUGAAUAACCCCUACCACCAAUUUACUCCAAACAAUAUUGCAAAACACAUCAGAAUUUUGUUUCUUUUAUUUCUGCUGACAAAAUUGGUCAAUAUUAUUAACAUGUUCUUUGAUGGUUAUUAGUUUUAUGACCAUGUGCGAGUCAACCCAGGUGAGAGAAGAGGUAAGGUUUUUGUUUUUUGUUUUCUUGCAAAACUAUUUUACUAUAAGACUCUCAGUCCUACAGUCCUUUUCAGUGUUCUAUUAACCUAGAACGAGCUCUUCACCAAUAUAAAGAUUAGGAGUGUUGACUUAUUAUGAAAGAGUACAAGAAAAAAAUUAAAAAUGUUUGAUUUCGCUUUGCAGAGCAGAAAUAGAAGUUUGAAUCAGAAAACAUAGAGAUGGUUAAUGGGGGUCUAUCCCUGGUACCCUAGGCCGUCACCUUAUGAUCAAUCCUGCUCUACAUGAGUGAGUACGUUGUACAAACAGUGGGGAAAAGUCUUGUGUUCAUAGAGUUAAUCUGAAAUUGAAACUUUAUAAAACAUCUGAAAAUAAUAUUGUAGAUAGGAAAUUGGAUGGUCUGUAUUGGUUAAGUCCCAUGACUUUUCUCAGCCUCUUUAUGUAAUUUGGGAACACUGGACCGUGAGAACGUGUUGCUAAGUGCAGUGUGUUCUAAGUUUAUAAAGGUUUGCUGGCAACAAAUCUCUUUGUACACAAUAGGUGCUGCACUCUCUGUUCCGAUCCUGUGAUACGAGCCUGGAAUACCUGACGUUCUUUGUCACGUACCUUGAAAGAUUUUGUUUUAGGUACAGGAGGUCCUUUCCUAGUGAAACAGGAUAUAUUUGUUUUUUAAGCCUAGAUUUUCUCAGCUCUCCAGCUAAGGGUGUAGCACUGUCGCAAGCAGCCUCCUGCUUUAGUGCUAUGUUCAGUGCUCAGAGGUUCCUACAUGCCAGAUUAAUAUUGUAACCAAGAGACGUAAUUGUAAAGUGUGACGUUUAUAAGGGUUUGAAUAAAUAUCAGAGACAGGCGAGCCUUGGUGUCAGUGGUUUCCGCUAGGGGAAGAAACCAUAACACCCUGAAUAAAGAGUUACUAUUACAGCCAUCACAUGAUUUAUAGUCUGUUGUAGUUAAAGACAGUUGAAUAAGGAUUAUUAGCAUGUUUCAGACAUGGUUUAUUUGACAGUCCUCAUUAGUCUGAUGCUUUUUCAGAAACACAGGGGCUGGCAAUAUUUGGUGUCUGAGAGGCCAUUAGUAUUGUGUAAAAUGGCAGAAGCUUAGAGACCUUAGUGUACAGACAGCGGGUCCCGUCCCAUUCUGCAAGACACAGAUGUCAGUAUCCUCCUAACAAAAGCUGUGAAAUGGCUAACUCACAUGUUGCUGUUGCGAACCAUUCGUAAAGAAGAUAGGAUUUUAUUUUUUUCGCCCCUUAUCUUCCUAUGUAUACAUGAUCUAUUUUAUAUAUUAGAUAUACACAAGUAGGCCAGCAACCUCCCACCACCGUCCUAUUGUUUCAUGUCAAACAAUUGGAGCAGUUUGACAAACUUUUUUUUUUGUUGCUCUCCGUAAUAGUGAUAAUUUCACUUACAUAUAAUCCCUCCAAAUCCGUCCAACCUUGGAUGGGAAUACUAAUUGAAGAGUGUUGUGCAGCCCUCAUUGCUUGCAGCCUUCCAUUGCUGUCCAACACUCAUUGUCUUGUUGGGGAUAAAUCAUAUUGUCUUGUAUAACAAGCUUACCAUAGAAUAGUUUAGUCCUUUCUACAGGUAUGUAGUAAUGUUUUACUGGGCAAUUCCAGUGAAAUUCUCUCUUAGCUGACGUCUUUCAGCUGAUCAGGAGUUUGUGUAUUGUUUAAAGUAGCCAUUUCCUAAUCUAUGAAUUUAAUUUGCUUUUGUUCUGACCUAUUUCCACUGCCCUUUGUUCUUCCGACUAAAAUUAAUCUCAUUUUACAAUUAUUAAUCUGGAAGGACAAAAUGUUAAAAUAAAUAGUUACAUUUGAUUUUCGUUAUACCGUUUGUAAUAGUCUUGUGAACAAAUUCUAGCGGUCUGGGUGCUGUUUAGGCAUCACUUAUCACAAAGCAUCAUUUCGGCAAUCUGUGGUUUAUAAACACAUUACCACCAAUGUUCUCAGGAAGUAACAUUUUUCUUUUUAAAAUCAGAUAGGGCCAGGCGCAUUCAUUUACGAUAAACUCACAAAUGUCAUCUCUUAGUGAUGCUUUUAUUUGCUGAGGAUAUCCAGAUAGAUCUGUUGUAAGCUUGAAAUAGACCUUAUAGGGUUUUAAAUACUUCAUUAUAGAAUGGCAUAAGACCCCCUAAUCUCGAAAUCCACGUUACGUGUGAGUUUCCUUCACUACAAAUCCUGUUUCAGGCUGAGCCGGAUUGCACCCAGCAUUACAGCACCUGGAAUUUAUUUGCAUAGACAGUGUAGUUCAGGUCCCAGCUUGUGUACAUUGUCCAUAUGUAGCAGAAGAUUGCAAAUGCAUGCAAAAACACCGGUGCAAGCAGGUACUGAAUUACUGAAGGUAAUAAGGCAACUAAUGUGGCAUAUAUUUCUCCCUUUUAAUUUAAGGUGAAAAUGGAUAAAAUCAUCCAAACUCUACCAAAUGGUGUUUUAUUUUAUAGCACCCCCAUAACUGACCUUUUUAAAUAUUUCAACAUUAUAACCCGAUGAACAUGUCAUUACGGGUCCAUACAGCAGCAAGAGAUUUAUCUAUCCUAGCGUGACUGCUGCUUGCGUGACAGGCCACACUAGUCACUUUGUACUUCAACACAGUUGUUAUCUCCAACUACUCACUGAUAACAACAUGCUGAAUAAAUAAACCCACCCAAUGGAUAAUGCCUGGGGUUUUUCAAGCUGAUCUUUGGAUGUUUGCUUGAGGUGUUCCCCCUCCAAUUCCCUGGGUAAAGAUACAUCCCAUAGCAAACUGGCUGUGUAAAGAAGCCUUAGAAGUGUUUUUGUUCACUGCUGGUUCAUGGUUUUCUAGUUCGAGAUAAAGUCCGUUAGUUCGUUUUAUUUGAUUGUACAGGGACCAAAUCAUCACGUUUUAUACCAUGGUCCUCAAACUCCGGCCCCCCAGAUGUUGCUGAACUACAACUCCCAUGAUUCUCUGGCUAUCUAUGUAAUUCAAAGAAUCAUGGUAGUUGUAAUUCAGCAACAUCUGGGGGGGCCGGAGUUUGAGGACCCUGGUUUUAGACACUUGGCCCUUUUGCAAAUCCACUCCAUCAUGUAAGUUAUUGCUUUUAAAAAUGAGGGUGGUAGGAGGGGCUUGGGGGGUAGAUAAACUGGAUGCAUAACUGAAUUUGAAGAAUUUGUCUACUUUAAACUAUUUUGUCUGUGAGAAUUUUGAAAUUCCCUUUGAAUUCCUGACAACUUUCGCAUUGGUUAACAACCCUAUAAAUUAUAAAUCUUGUUUUGUGAGAGAAUUGGACACAAUAAAUUGUGUGCUUGUUGUUGUGUGUGUUUUUUUUUCUUAUCUUCUUUGUUAACUCUUUAUAUAAGUACAGGUGGUAGUAUAAAACAUCAGUAAGUCAGUGGCUUAAAGGAUGUGUAAAAGUCACCCAAACCAUUUCAUCUCAAUGAAGUGGCCUGGGUGUAGUGGUCCCUUAGUUUUAGUCAUUCAACAUAAAACAUUGCAGUUUUUAGCAACUGCGUGUGCGCACCAUACCACCUCUGUGAUGUUGCAGGAGGCAGAGGGGUCAGUAGCAUUGAGCGAGCCUACUAAAAUUUAAACUUGUAUUUUCAUAAUUUUUUAUUUUUUUUAUCAUAAAGCCCAGGUUUAUAUUCCCAAUGCUUUAACGUCCCUUUAAAUGUUACCUUACAGUGGAUUUAACACAAAGUCUGUGUUUGUAAUAUCAGGGAGAAGAAGAAGAAGAAGAAUAGGCCAGAAGGUAAGAGUUGAAAAGCAAAGAAAUGAAAGUGAGAGAAAGAUAAGAAAUUGCAGCUUCUUCUGUUUGUGCUUGUUUUAAAGGGAUAUUGCUGGAAAAGGCAAGUCACAAUUGACAUGGAUCCUGUUUAUUCAACCUAAUCUCCUUAAUUGCCAUCAUUUUCUAUUUAUUUUUUUCUUCUUCCUCUUCUCGUACUGGUCUUUUAGACCCCUAAACUGUGGGGUCUGUUGAGAUGAGUAUAUUACUUCCAAGUUCACUUUGAGUAUGAACACCCAUUAUUAUGACGUAGCUGCCAUCAGUGGAGCUGAAUCAUUUCUUUGGGUUGUUAUUCAUUACAUACCGCUUGGUAAGCUUUUUUUCACAAUUGCACCCUGGGUCAGUUAAUUUUAAAUCUUGCCAAGUGUUUUGUGAGACAUAAAGAUUGUACUUGAUUAUUGUUAAGCUGCUCUUGUGUUCUGCUGAGAUUGAUGUUAAAAGACACUAAAGGUUGUUUUUUUUUUUGUUAGUUUUUUUUUUAAGUUUGGUAAUUUGACGCAGAAUUUAGCAAAUGUUGACAUUGUUCUAAUAAAAUUGGUGUCUGUCCAUACUUCUACUCCACCAUUUGAUGAUUGACCCAGAGGGAUGCAGCAUCCAUACAUAAAUCUAAGCACAGCCUAUAAGGGAAAACACUUUAAAGGACCACUAUAGUGCCCUCCUGCCGGGCUCUGGGGAGAGGAAGGGGCUAAACUUACCUCUUUCUCCAGCGCCGGAUGGGGAGCUCUCCUCCUUCUCUCCGCCUCCUCUCCUCCUCUUCGGCUGAAUGUGCAUGCACGGCAGGAGCUGCGCGCGCAUUCAGCCAGUCUCAUAGGAAAGCAUUCAUAAUGCUUUCCUAUGGAUGGCGAAGCACGCAAACGCCUCUAGCGGCUGUCAAUGAGACAGCCACUAGAGGCUUUAGAGGUUGAAUUAACCCUAUUAUAAACAUAGCAGUUUCUCUGAAACUGCUAUGUUUAUAAAAAAAAAAAGGGUUAACCCUAGACGGACCUGGCACCCAGACCACCUCAUUAAGCUGAAGUGGUCUGGGUGCCUAUAGUGUUCCUUUAACCUUCAGUAUAUAUUACAAUACAAUUUAUACAAGCUACCAUAUUUGCAGCAUCUAUUUGACUUAAUUUCAGUACUGAUAAUAUGGAUCUAUACAUAUGAAUGAAGAAGUAUACCGAUUACAUGUUUACAUUUUCCUUUAUAGCUGUUCAAAUCUACCAUUAUUGAAUUUUUGAAUAGCCAAAGUAAUUAUUUGAUGGGACUUGUGGAUGUAUGGUGGAUUACAUGCUGCGAGGAAACACAAAAUAGGAAACCUAGCUGUACAUGUGAUCUAAAUACAUGCCCCAUGAACUAUGUCCUGUGUAUCCUGCAGGGUUUGACGAAGGUGUUCUAUCCCAGUGGAAAUGGCCCAUAACAUCUCUGUCCCCCUGUCCUUCCUCUCUGAAUUCCUGUUGUUUAGGAAGUUGCAAGUUUAUCAUAGCAGUUCUUCCUGCUAAACUCUUCUGAAAGCCAUGCCUGGCUGUGGGAGCUUAUCUCAGGAAUGUGCAAUCCAUAUCAUUGUUAGUUGAUUUACCCCAUCACCCUUCCUCCAUGCGCACAUAGCAUGCCUUCACUAAUGUCACAUACAGACCAAUUGGCUGACCAUAAUUAACCGGAGGAUUCUAUAGAGUGAAUUUAGCAACAUCUUCAAUGGAUUGCACAGUUGAGAGUCUGUCAGGUCAGAAUCUGACAGUUCGGUUUAGGAAUUGUCACAUUGUAAAAGGGUGAGCCAGGAUCCUGAGUGACUGCUAACACCGGUCCUCUGCAGUGCUUCCAUACAGAUGUUGACCGUAGGGCUAUAUAAUGGGAUGUUAGGGAGCUCUGGAAGGAUGUGUUCUGAUGCAGGUCUUAGUUUGCAAUUUAUGAAUAAAGUGACUGUGGCAGGAAACCAGCUCUAGAUGAUAUUGGCAUUUCAGAUAGAAAUAUUAUAAAGUGAAUUCCCCGCUGCCAAGAAAUCUUAGUUUUCAAAGGGUGUGCUGGCUGGUUUUACUUCAGUAACUCAUUAACUAAACUUGACAUUUGCUGAACAACACAUGUAUUGUAAAACGAAGCCACAAAUAAUCUUGUGGCUGUUCGGAGGUCAUUCUGGCAACAUGGGGUUAAUGGUUGAUAGGCUGAGUGACAAAGCAGAAGCCUGUUUGAAUUGUUAAUGUACAGUCAGCCAGGAACUUUGCAAUCCCCUUCAGAAAAUGCCAAUCUGUUUGUGGCACUUGUUAUGUACCCUGUUGAACCCUAAUGGAAGUGUUUAGGAACUGGCAUAUCUGUGCGGUUUUAUUUGGCAGGUCUCUUUUGGCUCACUGCUGUUAAGAGGCUGUGGUGUGGACAAGUCAUUCCAAUUUAACCCUAAACUAAGCAUUUGUGGGUGUAGGAGUAGUUUUGUGGUUGAAGUGUGAAUUCCCACAGAUAGUGGACACCAGACAUACAGACUAAACUCAGGAAUAUUGAUAGCCUUUAUUCCACAGCAAUGAAGAGAGAAGGUGGGUGGGAUUCUGUAAAUCAGGACAUGAAUAUAUGAUCUUACGAAUAUGAAUUUAAUUUUAAUAAAAGAGAUGAUCAGCGCUGCGGCUCUAUGGCUAAAAGCUAUUUGUACAAUGUUUUCUUUAGAAUGUGUUUGUUGCAUUAAGGAAAAUCAAAGUACAUAAGGCACAAACCACAAAUAUAAAUGAUUGGAAUAGGGCUGCUGAAGGAUGCGUUUGUUUAUCACUUUGUCUUCCUCUAGGCUAUAUAUAUGUUGGUGGUAAGCAUUUUCCCCUUGGCCCUCUACCCAAUUGCUUUUUUCUUCCCUAUGGUCGAACAGGCAAGGGUUAAAACAAAAUGUUAAACGUGCGUGUAUCAACAAAUAUAAAUAUUCUCCUAAGUGUAUUUCAUCAGAACCUAUGUACGUUGCUUUAUUUGAAAUUGCAUCAUAAGUAAUUGUCAGGUAGGCCAGCGAAUUAAGGAUAAGUCAGGUGAGAGAAGCUUUAUUUAAUUAUACGUGUCUCAUUGUGAAAAAACAAUUGUUUCAGGUAUACACCAGGUCUGCUUACAGAGCAACAGUUGCCAAACUGGAUAUUCUCUUUGGUGAGCUGACAAUGAUUGCCAAUCUGGAAAAUUACUUAAAACGCACUGUAUUGGCAUAGAUUUUAUAUUCCCAAAGCAUUACAAAUGAGUGCUGGUCCUGCUGUAGAAAGCACUUGCCUUUAUGUAGAAGUUAAUGAUUUUUUAUCUAUUUAUUUUAAACGCUCAAAUUUUGGAACAGACAGUAUCUAUCUGGCUUUACUAAGCAUCAUGGGAGUUUUAGUUUGCCAUUUUUUCUUUGUGCCCGUAUUUGAAACAUAAUUUAAAAUCGGUUUGCCAGAAUGUAUAUCACUUCGAUUAGGUGCAUUCCAUAAACGAAAUCUAAAAUCCGUUACUACAUUUUUAUUCAUUUAUAGUGUUAUAUUCCGCAGUUACAAUAGAAGAACUCUGCUCAUACGUGUGUACUUUUUAGACCUGUAAUAUGCACUUUUAUUAAAACAUCUUGUGUAUAUAUUUUUCUUCUUCACUUCUUCAAGAGUCCCGUUUGUGAUCCUGAGCAUUGCGUAGCUAGAGACUGUAGAUAGGUUGUGUUGAAUGUAAAUUUGUAUAACAAGCAAUUAAACCUCAAAAGACUCUUCUGGCUUGCUAAGGCUUUCUAAUCGGACAAAUCUUCUGCCAAGGCACUUAAAGGACAGGAAGUUUAGUUUGCAUGAAAAGCCUUUCAGUGUUACAGAUUUUUGAUGUCUAAUAAAGGAAAACUGGAAUACUUUUAAGCUAAUUUUAACAUGUUGUCCAUGCAAUCUCAAUUAAUGGAUUAAAAAAAAAAACAGCCUCUUGCCUUCAUUUAUUUUUUUUAAUUUUUUGGAGAGACAAUAUACUGCCCAAAUACAAAAGAAAACACUGUUUAGUAGCUAUGCCACAAAUUAAAACCUGAAUGCAUUUUUUUUUAGAUUGGGGGCAUAUCUAAAAACUGCUUGCAAAAGCUACAGAUCUCUUGCCCAGACAUUCCGCGGGCAAUUGCCUGUCUCUAGAGUUUAGCUCAACUGAGCUAAACCACCAGGAAGUAAAAGGGCUAGUUACCUGAUUGACAGCCAGGGUGGUGUAAUAAGGUUACUUUUAUAAAAGUUCCAAGUUCUCUUGGAAUCUUUUUUUUUUUUUUUUAUAAAGGUCUGGAGUAUCCAUGUUGUGUCAUAAUCCAUCUUCUGCUUUUUUUUGUUUUAAAUAUGAAAAAUAUUCUCGACAUAACCUUUUAUACGAAGAGGAUGGAGUGUCUCAUCUCUGACCAAUGAAAGCAAGUGUUAUCAUUUUCUCUCUCUCUCUCUCUCUUCAGUUAGAGUUAAUUUGAGUGUUUUAGUUUACAUUCCAUUGUGACAGGCUUCUCAUGCAAAUAACAUGACUCUGUUUCGAUGGGAAGAUAUGGGCUGUGAGAGAGAACACUAAACCCCAUUGUUAUUGUGUCUGAGCGUUAAAGGCAAGAACAGUUUUUAAAACCAGAGCAAAUGCUGCUUGGUUGACUGCAAGCUCUCUGCUCAGUACCUGGUGAUGGAUUAUAGGAAUUGGUUUCUUCUAGCCUCUAUCUUAAAACAAACACACAUGGAUCUUGCAAAGAGGAGUGGGCUGCAACCUCCCCCCACCCCUACACGAUUAACAAAUGUUCUAAGGAAUAUUGAGCAAAUUCUCCUCUGUGGCCAAAAUACUCCAUGAAAUCUGAAGCCAGCAUGGGGGGCCUUGGAAAGAAAGGGUGAGCCAAACAUCUGAAUGCAAUUACCACACCACAGUCCUGCACCUUGUAACACCAUUCCCUCAUCACAGACUACAUUUUUUUUUUUUGGUCCCUGGGAGGGCCAUGUACAAGCUCCACCUCUGAGAGCGUGGGCCCAGUGCUUUGUUAUUCUCAGCUAUUUUGAUUACAAACCCUAAAAAGAAAUAAAAGGGGAAAAAAAUGGUUGAAUGACAGCACGAUACCAGCGCAGCUCAAAUUGCUAGGCAACUAGAAAAUCUCCUUGCGCAAUCUCUUAUUAACCUCUUUUUCUGCCCGGGUGAGAAGAUAGAAUUGGAUAUUUUCACACAUACUGCUGUAUGCCUGCAUUAAUGGAAGGGUUAAUUUGGCCCAAACCCGUAAUAGUGCUAUUGUAUUACAGUUCGCUAAUCCGUAAUUCUUGAAAUGUAAGAACAUCUCUUGCAUUCACAGUGUCCCUUUGUGCCCAUCUGUCACCUCUUUGUGAUUAAAUGAGGCCCCCUCCUGCUUUGACCCGGAUUCAGAGGUCCUCUCCUGAAAGGUAUAUGGGAUGUGAAAUGGUGAACUGUCAGCCUUGUUUAAGUAUCUUCAUCACACAAUAUUACAAGAAUUCGAUACAUCACCUGUAACAGCACUGAGCAAAGGUUCUUACAAAGAAAGGUAUAUCUCCGUCUGGGACUAAAGCACUUUGAAAGGAUUGCCAGACCAAGAGGAAUGUUUCAGUAUUUCACGUGCUGACUUGUGACAGAUAAACAAAUGUAGUCGCAAGGUUGCUUUGUGUGUCAACAAUUCUUUGUUAAUGUGGCCUGGCGUAUUUAAACAGUGCCAAUCCUUUGUGGUAGUACUGCGUUAAGCCAUUCCCUUCAUACCUUUCUAAUUAGUCACCAAGUGUAUGCAUAUUAGAUGGACAUUUCUUACUUAAGUUACACACGUAAGCAAAUGCUUUUUUUAAUUUAUAUGUUCUUAAUCUUUCCACUGCCUUUGAGGGAAAAAUCUGCCUCUCAGACAAAAAGGAGGUAUUUUGCUAAUUGUUUCAAAGUUAGCGGUGGGAGGAAGGUUAGUCCCUGAAUACGUAUUAAUGGUGUUUUAAGACUGUGGAAUUAUUUAAAAAUAAAAACAUUCUUUCCAUGACACCAGAUUGGCAAUUCAAGUAAGGAGCAAAGGAUCUUCCCCCUUGCUCGUAUUAUGAAAAUGUUGUCUUUUUAUUUUUUUUUCUCUUGUAAUUUGAAUUGAAUUGUGCUAAAGGGAUUUAUUCAUUAAACAGGGAGUCUGGCAAUGUUACAAGUCAGGUGGCAAAAUAUGAAAUAAUUAGUCGAAGAGUGUUUGUUUGUUUUUCUAAAUCUAUUCUGUUACGCCAAAAUUUGGAACUCAGUUGAUGACGCGAAACAAAUUUCUGUUGAGUACAUAAAGCACAGGUGUUUUAAAAGAGGUGAAUUAUUUUUAAGGGUCCACUUUAUUAUUAUCAAUUAUGAACUGGAAUACAUGUAUACACUGCACAUUGCCUACACCGCACUGUUCAAUUGUCGUGAGGUUUUACAAUCAUUUUAAAAUGUUGAUCCCCACUGAAUAACGUGGGAGUGGAACUUUAAAGAUCUACAGUAGGCCGCUAAGAGUUGGCUUCAUUAUACUCAAUGAUGCUGAGCCGCUGUCAAAACUCCUAAAGGAGCACCUGCUGUGUAAAAAUAGGAAAGUGCUCGAGUAGGUUAUUUCCCAUGGCCUGAAGACCCAUUCCACAUCCUCCUCCAUCUGCAAUUACAGAGAUCUCAGCCCGGCUGCCCCAUUGGUCCCGUACCAGGCAGCUGCCCCCUCGGGUCCGUUCUGUCACACUGAGGGAAUUGUGGCAUCCUCGUUGUUGUCUCUUUGUGUUCUCCAACACAAGAAAAGCAGGAGGGAGGGGACUGUUAUUGUUCUGCCAAGGGUUUGGAGAAAUUCCAUCCCGCUCGUCCAUAAUGUGGCUUUGUUUUCUCAGACGAGUUAGGCCAAGAUCCCCCAACACAGGCCUGGAAGGGUGGAGUGGGGGGAGAGAAUCUCUGCGGAUGUGGUUGGCUUUUGAAAUAUAUAGGUUCCUACUUGACUGUGAAGUUUCACUUUCCAAUAAUACUCAUUAGCAGGCCAACAUGCUUUGUUUUUGCCAUUGAAUGUGUUUAUUAUUUCUUUUGGCUUUUAAUGUAAUUUUUUUUUUUUUAACUCUUAAGUCAUUAUCUGUAAUUUUGGUGUGCAUAUUAACUACAUAUUUUUCUAAGAACACUUCAUAUUUUAAAAUAUUUUGUGAUGACUGCCCCGGUUUCACAUCAUGAAAAAAUGCUUCCUAUUUGCAAGUUGACAUGCUUUAGUGAACCUACUGCGCUAUAGUGAUGCAGGGUUGCUUGCCUGAGUGUUAUAGGAGUUACAGUUCAUUGCAUAUUCAAGAAUGAUGCCCCCUAAACCAAAACCCUCCAAACUGUACAAACAUCUAAACCCUCUACUCUGGGUAUACUACUGCACACUAUUUUAUUACAGCUCCUAGCACAGCAGUGUACCCGGCACUUUAAAUAAAGUUCAUGAUUGUAAACGUCUCUAGUGCUAGGGCAACAUUAGCCAGGACAUUUGCCAUAUCGACCCCGUUCUUUUCUUUUUUUUUUUUUAUGUUCCUGUUUGAACAUCUCCUUAAAGGGACACUCCAUUUUUCAGUAGAUUUAUUCUUUUUAAAUUCAUUAUAGGUAAUGUAUUAGAAACAAAUGUGCUGUAAAAAAUGUGUAUACACAAAUACAGGAACUUUAAAUGAAAAUGACUAGGCUUUACAGCUGCUGCAGUGAGCUCACCACAAAUCAAUAAGUGGCUUGUACAAUUCUCAUACUUAAAUAUCUUCCAAUAGUGAACGCAGUGUAUGUCGCUCAAACCCUUUCAGGAUUUUCUGGGAAUUCUUAUGAAACCAUGUGAUUCUUACUGUAAAAGUCUAACAGCUGCAUUACAACUAGCAAUAAGUCAACAGUGUUGUGGCAUCAUAUACAGUACUUGUAUUGGAGCAAAAAAGAAUACCGGGCGGGGGGAUGUUCCCUGGAUGUGUUAUCUAUAAUAUGCUGGAUAAUCAAGGUAGCCAUGACUAAUAUAAUUAUCCUGCUGAUAAUUUGCUGCUGGAUACUUUUUAUAUAAAUCUGUCCAGCAUGCUUUAUAAUAUAUAUUUGGCUAAGUGUAUAUAUAUUUAUUUUUUUUACAUGAAAAAAGCGGUUGCCUUUUUCUAAUUCUCUACUCAGUCUAGGUGUUAGCAUUGUACGUGAUCAUUUCUCAUUUCUAGACAGGCUUCCUGUGCAUUGGAAACCACAAACCGUUGUCUGACGAUCAAACAUGCCACCCACUAUAUAUCUGUGUAUAUAUGUAUAUUCUUGAUUGAUUAAGGGGAUUUCUUAGGAUUUAUUCGAUUUAUCCUUCACCGUGUGGCAUUUUUGUGUUGCUGCUCUCUAAACCCUUAGGUUGGACUUUGACCUUCUGUGAUCCCUGAAGAAUUUGAGGAAUGUGUUCAUAGUCAAUUUGUUCCCGUGAGCAGCUUUAGGAAUCCAGAAUUUCCACCUAUAAACCAUUGCUCUAGUUAUGCAAGCCUGUCGGAUUGGGUGUAUCUGCCACACAGAGCCUGGAUGUUGUUUUUGCUAGUAAUGUUCGGACCUCUUUAUUACACAGCCAGUGCAUAAUAAUAAUUAGCCAUGGCUAAUCUAACAAUACUAAUUUGUUUCCAUGCAGCAAAUCGGUACCCAGAUCCACCCAUUAAAUGUGACCACACAUUUACUUAAUCUAACACUAACUUUGCGGUCGCUAGCCAAGUAGGAUUACCACUGUGCCGUAUUUCUUUCUUUUAUGAUUUCUCUGAUCAUUUAAGGUUGGCAUUUUAAGUGCUGCCAGGCCGUUGAUGGCUUGUGUGCACCUGGUGGGAAAUUGAUUAACAAGUCACGGUGAUUCACACAGAACCCCAGUCUCGAUUGCUAUCACACAGCAGAUCUGGAAAUGUUGUGUAUUGCUAAGCAAUGCUGCCCAAGCAAAUGAAGAAAUUACAAAUGUCAUCUCGUACCCCUCCUUCUUCUCCCUGUGACUAAGUACUCUAGAAAAUGUAGCCCGUAAAGCUGUUCAGUGACAACGUUUACCAUUGCUAGCGUAUAAUGAAUGCUGGCUGGUCACUUUGUAGAAAUCUAGUGCAUAAAAAUAUACUGUGCCAAGAUAAAUCAUUACUCAGGUUCAUGAAGUGGUUAUGACUAUUAGUAAUUAUACAGCUCUUGAUGGAAACGCCACGCGAUUUCACAAAGCUUUAUGCUUCCUAUAUAAAGACAUAUUACUUUAGUUCAUUCAACUGUAUUAAGGAACCCAUUUGCUUAGUCACCUUCAGGCUCAAUCGGACACGACUGACUUAAGUAAUUGUUCUGUGAGAUGCUGACUUUCAAUAGUAAAUAAUGUCCUAAAUCCUGAGAACAGCAUCUUAUUCCGUCUCUACAUAUAAUUACUGAUACAUGUGUUUGCGGAUAUUGGUACGUUGAAAGCGAAAAUUGACGAAAUUGGCUACUCAGGACAUCUCCAACAUGUUUUAGCUCACUUGUACCAUUACAAAAUGAGGCAUGUCUAUUCACAUAUCCAAAUGAUCAUAUUCUAGAAUAGACCUUGCUUCGUGAAGUACACUAGGCACAGGAAGUCUACAUCAGAAUUACCCACUUUACCUAGGGAGAGCCUAGUUUUAUGAAAAUAAGCCCACGCAGAGUGAAACCUUACUGGAAUUUUGGAUCCAGACUUUCCAUGUGAUAAUGGCACAAGUGAGCAAAAGUUUGAGUUCUUAAUCAGGGAAGCGUCAUCUUCAAUGUGUCUCUCUUACGUUCUGUUUCUGUGUUGUUGGGGUUUUUUUGUUUGUUUUUGGGGAGGGGUGGUGGAGGAGGGGGGAGGGGUUAUCCACCCUGUUUGCAAAUGGGGUUGCCAUAUCUGUGGUAGGAUUUGGAGCCUUCCAAGUCUGAAAAAUGUUUGUGUGAAAUUAGUCUGAUAUGCAAAUAGUACAGGUUUGUUUUGAACUCCUGAUAAUAUGCAAAAGGGAAGCCGUUGCCUGUCUGACUGGGCAUUGAGCUGCCCAUAAAGCUGUUAAAGGCUCUGCCCAUGGACUGGAUGCCCUGAGAGCACUUUGCAGAGUGCAGGCAUGUUAAAUGAUCUUGCAUUGCGCUUGCUGGGGACAGGUAUUCUCUGUAAUCGCACAAGUGAGAAAAAACUAUUUUAAGACCUGAGCAGGGAUUUACCGAAGGACAAUCUACUGAGUUCCUCUAAGCUUUUGUCUGUUCUCAGAGGUCUCAUAUUCUUUAUUGCCGUGGAACUGGACCCUGAUACAGGGACUCUCCUACCGAAUCCAGGACUGUCGGGUGGUGUGACUUUAUGAUGGCACAUGUAAGCCAAGAUUCCUUGGUUUAAACUAACCAUAGAUCUAGCUACGUGUGUGUGUGUCUUUUACGCUCCUUUUGGUUCCCAAGAAUAAGAGUUCUGAUUCCACUUAUAGUUAGAUCAUUCAUGUAUUAGAACUAUUUUGUUCCCUUUCUUUUUACUACAGAGAGAUCUAGCCAUUCUUCUCUUUGCUUCUUUCAUUGAAAUUGCAUUCCAUGACAUUAUUCGUUUACUAUAAUGUAAGCUUUUAGUGUCUGGAUGUGCAAUUAAGGCCAGUUCAGCGGCUUAUAAAGAUUAAAGGCAUCCAAUUGUCUAAUGUACACACUUUGUAACAGAGUUAGUGAACAUUCUGUCUCCCUGUACUGACCUCUUGGUCUCUAUCAAAAGGAGGUGCUGACCUCUUUGUUUCAGAUGCCUUGUAUGUUUCCUAAAGCCUCCUAUCAAGGUGGGUUCACAUAAAUAUCUGCAGCUACAGUGACCUAGAGACAAAUUACAGCAGUUCACCCCUGUCAUUUGUUUCUAUUAUUCCCUAUGUGUAACAUGUUCAGGGCAAUAUUGACACAUUUAUAAAUAAACAAUAAUAGCCAUCUUCCCUGGCUGGGAAUUGACAUACCACAUUAUCACUAAGUGCUGGAGGCGAAUGCAGUAUCGACUGUCUGGUACUCGGAAGAUUAAAACUCAUGGUUGCAUAGUUUAUAGACUGCAAACAUUUGUCUCCUUUUCUGUGUAAGUGCGCUGUCUCAUUUCCCCACAGGUUGUGGUUAGAUUGUGAACCCUCAAGUCUCCAGUUGUCUCUCUUUAGCAUAAAAUUGCAUCCUUCUGCACUUUGCGAAGUCCUUUUGAGCCUCCAAGUGUCAGGUGUUUUGGGUUUAUUUUCUGUAAGGCGGAAAUGUGUUCAUAUAUUUUUCAUCACGAGCUUCUGUUUCUCUCACUGCACCCUAACAUGCCCCCCAGAGGUGGGUGUUCCUGUCACUAACAUUGAUGUAUGUUUACGGUUCACUGUCCCCAGCUGCUAGUGGUAUCAUUUUGCAGUUUUAUAAUUGCAUGGCGUGCUAGUAUAACGCUUGUUCUUUUUUUCCUGUGCCGUGCCAUUAAAAGGUAAAUCAAACAGGAAGAUUUCAGGGACUCUAUUGUAUUAGUAAGAUAGUGCAUUUAAAAUAUACAACAAACACAAGUAAAAAUAAAGAUGUUCAUCUUCUGUAUUUGCAGGGAGUUCUGUGCAGUCCAGGUAGUAGCUCAGCCAGUCAGUAGGCUCUCAUUCUGUUCAGCGAAGCCUGAACUUGUCCUAUAAACACCUGUCCAACAGGGGUUUAUGGGAUAUGUAAAUAAGUACUGGGCAGCAGUUGCAUUGACAUCUAAUCCAAUAGCAGCGCACUAUACCUGCUGUUGGCCUUACAAGUUGCUACAGAACCUCUCAGGGAAGAUAAGGAUUUGUACAACACGUACACACUAUAAAUAUUUGCAUGGGCAGCAUAGGUAGAAUAACACCCUUUGACACCUAGUAUAGGCACAAAGAGAGGGACAGGGGGCCUCCUAAACUAUAUAACAAGCAUAAGAAUUCCGUGACACUCCACACUUCCCUUCAUUUUAGAAUUUGGGGCGACAGAUUUCUAGUUUUUAACAUUUUAGUUGCAACCUGUAUGUGUGUCAACUAGCAGUUUUGUGAAAAUUAGCCUGACCGUGGAUUUGGAUCUCUGUCUGAAUUUUGGUUCAAAAAUAAAUGUUUGAAACUGUUGCUAAACCAACAGGAAAAUAUGCUUUCUCAACUUUUUUAAGGGACGCUUGUGAGGGCAAAAAAAUUUCCGAUUCCACUUGCAUAUGGUCUGUUUCUUCAUGUCCAUCUGGGUUUCAGUAAUUAACCUAUUAAUACUGAGCAACUGCUCAAUGCAAUGUAAUAGAUGUUGAACAGCAGUUCCUUUCCCCACACAAUAUAAAUGUUAGUUAUUCACUACAUUUACAUAGGUGUUCGGAGGUCAGCUUACCGAUCUUUUCUACCUCUCUAAAGGAGCAGUCCUGCCUCAGCAAUAUGUAAUUUCUGUAAGUUCUGUUAAACAUUACAAAGACAAAUCAUAAUGCAGGCAUUGAUGUAACUCCUGCCAAAAAGUCAGUCGUGACUUGCAAAAACAAACCAUUGGCGCUGAUUUAGAAGAUUUCUGUAAUACAUUUUAAAAAAAUGACCCUUUCUAUAGUAAUUUGCCAAAAAAGGAACAUAUUGUUUAUUCAUUAUUGGUUUAUGCUCCCCUCCCUCCGCACCCUCCCAUGCACUGUGUUAGAAGCCUCACAAGGAUUUCAGUCUUUGCAUGGCUGCCAGUGAACUGACAGGCAUAUAUUUUACCUGAGAUUAAGAAUCACUGGAGGGUUUCAUAGUGAAGACUGCAAUUUAGGAAGGGGAAAGCAAUUACUGGGCAAAAGAGAGAUCAGUCUGUUCCUCUCUCCAUCACACUGUAUCUGUUAACUGCUGGGCUUGUUUUUCACGGGCUCACUGGUCCCGAGUGCUCAGCCAUCUCUAUAUUGGAAGUUUUGCUAAAAUAUAACUGAGUGCACUGCCUUCAGUUGCUAUCACACUUUAGUGGCUUACUAUUUACUCAGCUUAAAAAAAAAAAAAAAAAAAAACUUAUGUGUGUAUAUGUAUGAUAUGUAAAUAAUGUGAUGCAUAUUAAGAAAUUAUGGUCCAUCUUGCACACAGUAAUUCUGAAAUAUCCCAGAAUUCCCAGCUUGACAUGGAAAUCAUAAAUCGUGAAUAGGACUCAUGUUUCAGAUUUUGUCCUGCAUUUUCUGCAGGCACCCUAAACUGUGCUGAAAUGUAGAUUGGAGUGUGAAAUAGAACAUGUAGAUGAUGCUCAACAGUAUAAUUUUGAAUUACAAUUCAUGCAUUUAUAAACGUUAACCUUCCAAGAUGUUUAGGCUCUGUUGUCAAUGAUGCACAGUUUUGCUUAUCUUGUUUAUUCUUUUUCCCAAAUGUAGAGAGGAAGUCCAGGAAAACUGCGUGCGUUGGAACAAGAAGCUGACCUUUGUCUGUAAAAUGAGUGCCAAUCCGGCAACUGGUGUGCUGGACCCCUGCAUCUGCCGAGUUUCUGUCCGCAAGGUAAGCUUCUCUCCUGCAGAUGUCAUUGGCUUUGGUCAGCAGUGGGCAAUCUUGAGACUCCAGAUGUUUGUGGCCUACAUUUACUUCUAGAUGUUAAAGUGGCACUGCCGUCUAGGGACUUCACAUAAUUUGCGCCGGGAGCCAAUAUCACUUCUGUACUCUCCCACAUGCGCAAGAGUACAGCAUUGAGGUCUAUGAUGCAGCUAAUAUCUCUGCAGCCAUCACUGUUGUUGGCUAUGAGGUUGACACUUCAAGAUGGCAGUGUCAAAGUAGUGGAUGUGGGGUGACAGUACCACUUUAAUAUUUGUGCUUUGUACUCUUUCCUUAUGUCAACUAUAUAUUUCAUACUGCACCCAUUUUUUUUUAUUCCAUAUCCUUUUAUUUUUAUUCUAAUUUAUCCUUAGUCUAUAUUUAAAAUUUGCCUGCUUGCUGGUUUUAUUCUGUGCAUGUUAUAGUUUUUUAAGCAUUUCUAAUAAAUAUUGAUUUUGAGAAACAGACGCAUUCUGAUUGCUUAGUGCUUGUAUGUGUUACCUGCUUGCACUGUUUAAUUCUGUUCAGACAGCACUUUGUACACUAUCAUUGGGAUCUAGCACCAUAAGUUGGAAUCUAGCACCAUAAGUUCUUUCUGUGAUGCUAUUAGCUGCAUGUGGGAUGCAUUGUAUGCAAUGCUUUGCGUGUGUGAUUGUGUGGGCUGUGCUGGUAUAGGGCAAAGAGCUGGAUAUGCACUGCAUGCAGACCAAAUUUAACUGGCGCAGCGAUCUUGCUUGCAAACCUUUCUUCCUGUGGCUCAGCCCUGCAUAACAGCUGUAACAUUUGGUGACGUGAAGUUCAUGAUGUUUACUCUGCCUUGUCACAAUGGAAAUCAUAAUCUAUCUUUUCCUGUUACAGGAACUCAAGGGAGGAAAAACCUACUCAAAGGUAAGAGAGGAGGCUAUUAAUCACUCACAUCCAUAUCAGUCUCCUCACUAUACUCCAUACAGGGAAGCUGCAAUAUACAUCUUUAUACUAAAGCCAUACAGGGGGACUUUGUUUUGAAUGAGGGACAGAUGAUGAAUAUUUAAUAUAAUUUGUCAUCAACAAUGAUGUACUUACCUGGAAUUUAGUUUAUGGUGUCGUGACGAAGGAGAGCAUGGCGCUGCACAGAUGUUGUUUCCAAAUUAUAUCUCAUUGUUACUGGCCCAGUAUCCCCACUUCCUUCCAUCCUGAUAAGAAAUUCACAGAAAUUAAAGGCAGUAAUGAUAGGAUGCUCUUUCCUAUGCUUCUUUUCUGAAGUCAGGUCAUUAUUUUUUAUUUGUUUUUGCUUUGCGUAGACCAGCAUUAUGUAUAGUGGAAAGGUUUUGGCAUAUAAAGUGCCAUCAUGGUUUACAUGUGUGGCAGCUGAUGGCAUACAUGUGAAUGCAAUAUCACACCAUUCAGUAUACAUCCAUGUCCGAUUGUAAUUCUAUCUUUAAAGAUGUACAAUGAGAAAGCAUCACUAUGUGGUAAUUGUAAUGUUCACCAUUCUUUCCGCAUUAAGAAAGGUAAUAGCGGACUUAUUGUUGUGUAAAUUCCUAGGGUGCAAUUCUGGAAAAAGAACAAAAUACAGGUUCCGCACAUUAUGAGUUUGUUGUAAAUUAAAAACACGAAGAUCAGAGGAAUAGAGAGAGAACAGUGGGGUCAGCAGCUUCAAGUAGGAAGCAUAGGGUAGAGCAUCCUUUUCACAACUCUGGCAGGAAACUCAUGGAGGAAGGGGCCAGGAAUGGAAGUGGAGACGCAGUGCCAAAAACAGCGUGACGCAGGAUAGAACUGGCGUGAGUGCUUAACGGGGCAUGGGGCAGACAUUUAUAAAGCACCCCACAACCCUUACAUUAAAACCUUCUGAAUACAUGUAUUAUAAACAGGGAAAGCCACGAACAUUUCACCUUAACAGGAACUUAAAACAUUGAUUUUAGUACAAUAGCCGCAUUGUUUUUUUUUUUUUUUAUAAGGGUAUUGAUACGUAUGUAUUAUUUUAGCUCACAAUAUGCAUGAAAAAAAGAGGACUCUUUAAGUACCCUAGAAUAAAGCUGUAAUACAAUGUAAUAGCUGCAUUGUAAACAGUGUUUUACAAAAGCAGUGAAAUUGACACACAUUCUGUAAGGAAGUCCAUUUUUUUUUUUGUCUCUACUAAAUAAUAUACAUGCUUUUUGUGCUCUAACCAUGUUCUUUUUCUAUAUCUGUGUUCUAGCUGGGCUUUGCUGACCUGAACCUGGCCGAGUUUGCAGGCUCGGGCUCCACCGGUCGCUGCUGUCUACUUGAAGGAUAUGAUACAAGGAACACCAGACAGGACAAUUCUAUACUGAAGGUAGCUAUGCAUAUCCACUUGUUUCUUGUCAUUUCUCUGACCCUCGGUCAUGUAAAUCUCCCAUGCUUUCUGUACUCCUUCAGCAUAAUCUCAUAUCAAUUUCAACUUUCAUUGUCUCACAAACUGUCUUCCAAUUCCCAAUCCCAGCUUCUGCCUGAAAUAUUGCCUGUCUCUUACUAGCUCAGCACUCUCCUGUUUCUGUCACUGUCUUUUCAAUCAGCCCUCUGUCUCCUUGUGCCUCAUUCUCCCUGAACAUUGUUGUUGUGCGCUUUUACCCUACAUCGCUUUCUCCCACCUUACUCCCUAACGGUCUGCUCCUACUGCCUGACCCUAACCUUUCUGUUACUGGCUACCCCAUUGUAAUCUCAACACUUCUUUCUGUCAGGUCACCAUUGGGAUGUCUCUUCUCUCCGGAGACCCCUGUUUCAAAACGUAAGUGUUCCUGAUUGGCGACAUUUGUUAUUUAAUUCUGCCAGUUACGUUGAAUUCAUCCAUUUUUUUGGGGGGGGGUCAGUGAAGGAACCUAAACCAUGAUAAACAAAGGCAAGCACGGUCAAUCUAGUGUCUUUAACUCCUUUUACUGCUAGAGUAGCACUUAGUACAUAAGUGAAGAGUAUCCACGGGUAUAGUUUUUAAAAAUGCAACAAUUGCCACAGACACUGAUUGUUUUAUUUUAAUUUUAUUGUUUUAUUAUUUUUGUUUAUUUUUUGAAUCUGUAAACUAUUUCUUCAACUCUUCUCCGGUUGCAUAUUGUUACUGUGUCAGACACGUAAUGUGUUUAAAUCUAUAAUGCACAAAUUACAAGUAUUCACUUGUUAUAUAUACCUUUUACUCUGUGUCGAUUUCAGACAUUAAAUUACAGGGUAACUGACACCAAUCUUCACUUCCUUUUUGUGUUACUAAUGACUGACAGGAAUUUACAUUCGAUCUCUCUCACCUGCUUUUUAACCUUUUUCUUUUGCAGACCUCUGUCAACAGCCAAAACUGUGUCAGCUCCAGGACAAGACUCCACUCUACAGAUGACCUGCAAAGGUGAAGGUACUGUGCGUUCUGUUAGUGGCACAGUUCGCCAGAACCGGAGUCGACACAUACUCAGUUCAGGUAUGAUGGCUUUUUCUACGUGCAAUUCUCUGAAUAAAUGCCAUCAGUGUAACUACUGUAGAAUAAAAGCGUGCCCAUGUGGAGACCUCCUUAUCUUUUGUUCUUAUUAUUCCAGGGGUAUUUGACGAGGCAGACCAAAAUCUUUCAAGCCCAGAAGAGACCUCACAUUCUGGCCAUUCUCGGAACUCCAGCCAGGCUAGUCAGCAGUCCAAAGUAUCAGGUAAUUAGAAUGUUGCCCUAAAUUAUACUUUUUUUUUUUUUUUUUUUACUCUUUCUGGCAAUGUGAAAUUAGGCAAGAAUAAUUUCUGUUACUAAUUAAGCCUAUUAUUCCGUGGAGCUGUCCUUUUGGGUUAAAAGCUUAAAUAUACUGGAUUAUUUAAAGUGUGUUUCAAAUCUAAGGCAAAGUAGCUGCACAGAAACAUUCUACCAAGUUAGCUAUGCUCCCAGUUUGGGUACUAGGGCCUUAAAUUUAACAACAAUCCUCACCGUGGUAAAUAACCCUGAUAAACCUGACCUCUAUCUUUACUUUAAUUAUUUAUAAUCUCUUCACAAAUCAUUUACUUAAUUUCAUUCUUCAUUAAAAUUCUACUGCACUUAUUUAUCAUCUUUCUGUGAAGGUGUAGUGCCUUCUAGCAGUCAGUCUCAACCUUCAAUAGUUGUCAGAAAAGCUGUUGCCUGGUAUUCAUUCUUCAAUGCAAAAUGCUUACUCCAGGCUGCAUUUACCUCCCUUCCUUUUUGGGGUAUUCCUUUUUAAUUGAAAUAAAGGGAGGAACAUUAUACUACAUUCAUAGCAAAGAAACUGAUUGAACACACACACAUCUGAAGGGGAGGUACAGUUUAGCAUUAACCUCCAUUAUUGCAUUGAAUAAAUGAUGGGUGAGUGUUGGCAUUUAAUAACAGCUGUAAUAACUGCACGGUGGUAAAAAUUGGAUGGGCAGAGGAAAUAAGCCUAAGGGCUCACAACUCUAAUAAUUGAGGAUAAAGCAAUGGCGAAGGAUGACUCCACAUGCCUGAAGCUAAUUUUUAGAUUCAACUCCAUAUAUAGUGACUUGUCCUGGAAACAGUAAUCGGCUAACAUCCCACAGCCAAUCGUAGUCCUCCAAAUUAUUGCCCAUAGACUUCUAUGAAGUAGAGUGUUUAAUACAUUUGCAGUUGAUGUCUUUCUUUCGGAAAUUGUACAGUGUGCAGCAGACAGGGCAACUUUUAUUGAAUUGUGCAAGUAGCUCUUUUCAUGUUUUUCACAAAUGAAUAUGCUUGCUAUUGGGCCUGUCACACACUUGCACGGCUGCUUGAUAAGAGUGAGUGUUGCAUAUCCUGUUAACCACUCCAUGUAGCACAGUAAUUCAUCAGAUGGAUUAUUCUACUAGCCCAUAGUGUCCUUUUAUUUAUUAAAAGAUCUGUACAGUAGUAUUGCCUGUUGUGUUUGCACCUGCAUUAUUCAGUGUAGGGUUUAUGUCUCCAGGUCACAGUUCUGAACACUCCCGCUGCUCCAGCAUGUCCGACUUGACUCAUAGACGCAACACAUCUACCAGCAGCAGUGCAUCUGGGGGAAUCAUCCUCACGGCUGAGGGACAAGAAGGAGAGCGGGAAAACAAGCCAGAGAAGCCACCGCGGCCUCUCAGACCGCCCAUCAACCUAGACCGGCAUUCCAGGUAGAGUAUGAUCAGCAUGCUGGAGUCAGGUCUCUCAAACUGGUAUUAACUCCUGUGGUGAAAGAAAUCACAAGUAACGACGGCAUGGCUCUCAACCUCAGUACCUUGGUACCUGUAGUAUUGCAGAGACUUUGGAGUCUUCUAACUAAGAACAUUUGGCACAUUUUAUUAACAUCUGUGUGCUUAUAAGAUCCACCAAUGCUCAUCAUUGAAGAGAUCAUUAAAUCCGCUGCAGGGCUCUGUUUCUGGUUUACCCCAAGAUUAAGCAGAGAGUACCAACAAUUUUGUGCAAUAAUAUUUAUUUUCAAGAUUGUGUUUAUAAAUGUGUACGUGCAUGAUCGUUGUGGUUGUACCUGCAAUGUUGAGACAUCUAAGAAUAUGCAAAAACACUUCUACAUCUUGCUGUGACUAUCUGGUCAUCUUCUAAAGCCUCUGUGACUCUACCACACACUUGGCAUGUGUCAUUUGGUUUCCAGAAAGGAUUUGCUUAAAUGUUUAGUGGCCCUAUGGAUACAUAAUCACUAUUUUGUUUUAAAACUGCACUGAUUGCCUUAUAAAAUCUUAAAGUGUUUUUGCAGAUGUUUGUGCCACUGACUUUGAACGCAGAGACAACAAAACAAAGUCUGUCUUUCAAAUGUCAAGUUAGUGACAGGGCUGUGAGUGUUCAUCUCGGCUUUGAGCUACUGUGCGGAAUAUAUGAUGUGGCGCAGCCCAGCCUGAGUCAUACGGGGAGUUUGGAUCAUCUUUCUCUAGGUUCUGUUGCCAAUUUCUGAUGACACAGAACAACUCGUGACUUUACAGCUUGGCUUAGACUGAUAAUCACAUCAACGUUGCUUAGACUUUCCAGACAAUUCACAACUACUGACAGAUUGCUGCUAAUAUAAACAUUUGCCAUCAAACACCAUUAAUGUCUGAAAUUUAUUUAGUACGUUAUUGAACUUUUGGAUACUUCAGAUAUAUUCCGUGGAGUAUAAGAACUUAGAUUCAAUCUUGAUACCUCUUCUUUUAAUUAUAUGGACCAUUUUGCAAAACUCUGUUUAAGUAUGUUAUAAAGGGACUGAUUUUCACAUACCAACCUAAUGUGGUGAAUGUUUGAACAGCGUGCGUUAGUAUGGCGCCAGACAACACCAUUGAUUUCCAUUAACAAUUUGUAUUAAUUGAGAACGAAAUCGAAAAUGUUGGAAUGAUUUAGAAAAUGUUAUACAUGCCAUGACUAAAGCAAGUUUAAGUCUGCAAAUCGGUUUAACUAUGCAUUGCCCAAACAUUGAUUUAACAACUGUAUAGCAGCUAUGUUAAAUACAUUUAACCUAUGAUUCUGAGCUGGUCAUACUGAACGGUAAGCAAAGGCCACAAGGUGUGUCUGUUUGUCAUUCAUCAUCCUUUGCAGUCCCCAGAAAUGACUGGUUCUCAGGUCACACAGUAAAGGAUUCUGGGAAAACUGUCAGUUUGGGAAUCCCAGCUAUAAACGGAACAGAGGUUAAAACUGUUCAAUUGCAAAAUAUUUGCUGACCUACACAUUUGCAAUGAUUUUGAUUAUGCGUGUUUAGUGCAGCUAGCUGUGUCUUGGUUAAGUCUACAUUGAGCCCUUGCUGUAUAUCCAUUUGUAACCCCUUUGUUAUUUGUUUUUGCCUUCUGUACAGGAGAAAGAAGGACUCUGUGGAAAGUCACCCUACUUGGGUGGACGACACCAGAAUCGAUGCUGAUGACAUCGUGGAGAAGAUCAUGCAGAGUCAGGACUUUACUGAUGUCAGCAACAAUGAAGGUAAAGAGGAGAAAUUUGUGUUCUGGAAGAAAGACUGAGAGAUUGGUGGGGAGGGGAGUCAGCAGACCCAUACACCCACAAGUAGAAGUUAGAACACUGGCCAGAUUCAAAUGUGGUUCUGUGCUCCGGUGCAAGAGUCUGCUAACCUUCCAGUUCCUGUGCAGCACUGUUAAUGUGUCCUGAAUAUAAAUUACAUGGGUUACUCUACUGUGCCGCUUGAAAUCUGAUUUCUAGUGCACUGAGGAAUGAAUGAUAUAAGAGGACAGAAGAACUGAUGGAGAUAUAGGUCAGGAUUUUAUACUUCAGUCUCUGUGUCUAUAUCAGAGUUAAUAUUUGUAUAUACUAGACUGAUCCCACUCCAUGGGGGGAAAAUGUCAAUUUUUAAAAGGAAAAAAAGCAUUUGUUUCCCCCACAGAUCUUUUGUGUUUACCCCAUAUCACCAAAACAUUCCAUCUCUAUCCUCUGGAAAAUACCUCACCUAGCUUUGUAGCUACCCACGUAGAAUUGGCUUUUGCUCCACUUCUUUCCUCACCCUAAUAGACACAAGAAUCCUCUUGUACCUGGAACAUAUCCAGUGUGACUGUUACAGGCUGCAGAGAUUACUGUCAGCAGCUUCAUAAAUGUGGAAUCAGGGAGCAUGGAAAAUGGCCAAAAAAUGCAGGUGUUUAUCACACAGACCACAGAAAGUAUAGUUCAGAAACCAGUUUGCAUUUAUGUCUUGUGCCUUGUAUUCAGAACUCUACAUCAGGACUUAAUGAGUCCCAGGAGCCAGAGAUACAUGGAUGCUAAGAAUAUGGUUGCAUAUAUAUAUAUAUAUAUAAUAUAUAUAUAUAUAUAUAUAUAUAUAUAUAUAUAUAUAUAUAUAUAUAUAUAUAUAUAUAUAUAUAUAUAUAAUAUAUUACUUUUUGUAUCUUCAAGAAAGACAAUGAAUAGAAAAGCUUACUAAUGAUGGUGCGGGGAAUAAAACGAAUGAAAUGGAAAUAAAAGAGAGGUGAAAAAAGGGAUGCUGCAAGUUUAGGUGAUAGGCUUAAUCCACCCUCGACAUGUUGCACAUUAAAACAUCUGUUCAAAAAUGUAAACAAGCACUACAGAAAACCAUAUGCUUAUUGGUUAAAAAUAUCUACAAAAGACCAACCAACGUAGCUUAUUAUAAAAAUAUGAUUAAACCGUUUAUUCAUAGUCCAUCAAAAGCCAAUCAAAUUGAUAAAACUGCAAUUUGAUAGAUUGAUAAAACAAAAAUUACAAAAAAAAAUAAGCAGUAUAAUUUUUUAAAUAUACUACAAUUUAAUUUCGAUAUUAGCUUCUUGUGUAUUUUUUUCUAUAUAUUUAAUGCAUUUCCUCUCAGCUCAUGUAGCUUGUCAUUUUUUCUUUUAGAUAGUCACCUGAGACUGUUUGUGAGCAGAGAUGGAUCCACCACAUUAAGCGGGAUACAGCUGGCCAACAGGUAAAGCAGACACAGACUAAAUGUUCUAGUGAUCCGUAAGCCUUGCGUAACUUUAAUAACUUCUUACAUUUAAGUCCAGCACUUGUGUCUCUAUACAGUAUUUAUUUAAACACACGUGAGACUUUCCUAUAAUGUCGAAACAAGAGAAAAAAACUGCAAUGCAAACAAUAUAGAUGAUUUUUUUAUUUAUAGCAGCAACAUAAUGUUAUUUACAAAACAAUAUAUUAGUACAAUAUCGCUGUUUAUGUUAAUAGACUGGAAAUGCCACAUUGGUCCGUAGUUAACUCUUCGUUCACGGUCUUUCCAGCCUCGUAUUAUUUUACAAUUGUUUUAGUACUGUAUCCCAGGACAUAUCCUUUACAUUUGUAAACCACACUGUACUUUCCACUGAAAAUAAUUUCUCUUUAUCUGAUCUGGUCUCAUCUUAUCACCGAGCUGUUGCAGUUUCAGGUGCACAACAUCACUCCAGAUUACAUUAGGAUGUCAAAACUCCAUGCCCAAUCAAUUUUUUUUUUUUUUUUUUUUACAAGACAGAUUCUUAGUUCUCUCUGGAACAGAAGUGUUCCCUCUCUCUCUUUAUGAAUUAUGAGCUUUGCUAGACAUUUGCCCUAGUGACUUCUUCCCUCUGUGUGUGCUGAUAUUAUACAGCUUGUCGCAUUCCAUUGGCUGAAAAAAAAAGUUUUUUACAAGAUUCCCAUGGGAAAGUCCACUGGCUUCCCCUAGCCUAAAACAACAGCUUGUUUUCUGAACACCUGGGCAGUUUAAACCUUUUCAGUGCCGAAGGGGGCAGGCAGUUAUUCUUAAACGUUAUAGGCAUGAUAAGGAGAGAAGAAAUAUGAUUCAGAUAUAUAAAUGUAGGCACAGAGGCCAGGAUAUACACUUUAGACUGUGACUGUUUGAGUAAAUACUAGUUACACCCAUAAACACACAGCCUUUUGAUCCGUUGUGUAUAUUUUACCCAAUAUUCUGCAUAUGUGAUAAGGAUUUUUUACACACACAAGAAUUUUUUUUUUAAAACAUGUUUGUAGCUUUGGUUUAUAAUGAUGCCUGAGAUAUUGUGGCGAUAUAUUUGCUUGGGCACAUAUUUGUCAAUCAAUCCAUACAUUUGUUAGCUGUAAGAUGUGCAUGAAUGUAUUGAUGAAAGGCAGUCCGGUUUGUUGUGAAAGUUGGAUCACAAAACCAUUUUCAUUUCUGCAAAUUUUUUGCUACUCCUGUUCCAACUCGUCACAACAUAACUUUUUAAUGAAGGAACCCCUAUGUGAGGCUAGUAUUGCUUAAAUCGCUGAUCCUUACAUUCUUUAUCUUUUCCCUCUAGGAUUUCUGCAGGAGUCUUUGAGCCCGUGGUGAUUGAAAUCCAUUAA